AUGCAGGACAGUUCUCCCAAAAGUACCACUCAUAUAAUAGACGAUGUGGAGAAGGGGAAUAUCCGCCAGACGUCCUCAGUUGUGGUUGAUGCCGAGCGAGAAAGGGCCCUGGUUCGGAAGCAAGAUUUGCGAAUCCUGCCAUUGUCUGCUGGAAUUUAUCUCCUCUGCUACCUCGAUCGCUCUAACAUUGGAAAUGCCAAGACCCUCAACGCGAACACGGGCAAUUCGUUGCUGGACGAAACGCAUAUGACAAACUACCAGUAUAUUGUUGCCCUGAUGGUUUUCCUGAUUGCGUACGCCCUUUUUGAAGUCCCAUCCAACUACUUGCUUAAGAAACUGAGACCAAGUCGCUGGAUUUCCAUCCUUAUGCUUUCAUGGGGGGCAAUCACCAUGGGUCUCGGGGGGACGCAUAGCUUCGGUGAAGUGGCAGGAGUCCGUUUUCUGUUGGGAAUGGUUGAAGCUGGACUAUUCCCUGGACUAGUUUACUAUCUCACUUUCUGGUAUCGCGUUUCGGAGCGAUCAUUGAGAGUCGCUAUUAUUCUGGCCUCCGCCACCCUGGCUGGCGCCUUCGGCGGUGCGAUCGCAUAUGGAGUGGGACACAUGAAUGGAUCAUCAGGGCUCUCCGCUUGGCGAUGGCUCUUUAUCAUCGAAGGGGCCCCUUCUUGUGCGUCUGCAGUCUUGGUUUGGUUUUUUCUUCCCGAUUAUCCAGAGACCUGUCGCUUUCUUAACGAAGAGGACAAGGCGCUGGCAAAGCAGCGACUCUCCGUGGAAGGGACCAAGGGUAACGCCAGUGCCAUGACGUGGGCUGAUGCCAAAGAGAUCUUGACUGAGUGGCGACUUUAUGCCCAUUACAUUAUCUACUUUGGUAUUUCCACUCCAUUUUCGAGUUUAUCCCUUUUCACCCCGACCAUCACCGCGGGUCUCGGAUACGAAGGGCUGCUUGCGCAAUUGAUGACUGUUCCCCCAUAUGGCGUUGCAUAUGUAGUAACUCUUGCAGUUUCCUAUUCUGCAGAUCACUUCAACGCUCGCGGUCUUCACUCUGCUGUCAUGUCAUUUAUCGGUGCCAUGGGCUUCCUCGCAUCUGCCGUUCUACCUGCGGAUGCAUAUUUACAUCGAUAUGGAUGUCUGAUUGUUGCUGCUUCUGGUGCAUUCUCCUGCAUUCCUCCCCUCCUUGGUUGGCUGUCAUCUAACCUUCACUCGACUGCUGGCGUGGGAUUGGCCAUCGCCUUGAACAUAUCCUUUGGAGCGCCCGGUCAGAUUGUCGGUGUCUGGAUUUACAAGUCUGAUCAAGCCACGACAGGUUAUCCGACCGGACACUGGACCAAUGCCGCGCUCUUAUUGCUCGUUUCUGCAGGGUGUAUUGGUCUCCGGCUAUAUUAUGGAUGGCUGAACCGAAAAUCUCUAGUGCAGUCUACGGUAUAUGCUUACUGA